AUGGAUACGGAUACACCCACCGCCCAGGAGAGUGAAUAUGGAAGUUCGCCAUGGGUUGAUAUAGGGGCAUUUGAGUCUCCAGCCCCUCAUCAUAGCCCACCGUUACCGGACUUUCACGGCUUCAGCUAUGCACCUUCGUCUAUCAUGCCCAUGGAACCCGCUUACAACAUCUCGGUUGCUCCUCCAUACUCGACGAUCAAUUUCAGCAUGCCACCGCCUAGUGCGUGGCCUAAUAUGCUCGCCGCUCACAGUCAUUUCCCCCAGGAAACCACUUUGUCGCCUGUGUCAACGCCAGCUCCAACUAUUUCACCCCCCCAGCCAGUACCCAUUCGGCCAUUGCGUGCUACCCCGGCGCCGCAUGUGCCGACUCCUCGCAGGACUCUCACGGAUGAGGAUCGCCGCCGGAUGUGCUUGUAUCACGAAGAGAACAAGACAGCUAAACAGACUGACAUUGGAGCUUUAUUCGGUGUGGAGCGAAGUACUGUAUCCAAGGUCUUGCGACAGAAAGAAAAGUAUUUAAGCAUGGAAGAUGGAAGUCGUUCACCCAUCAAAAAGAGCAAAGGAAAGGUUCCUGAUAUCGAAAAAGCACUCGCCAACUGGGCCAAAAACUAUCAACGCCAGGGCUUUACCCUUACUGAUGCCAUGAUCAAGGAGAAAGCACAUUUUUUUGCCACGACCUGUGCCAGUCCAGAUGGAAAGCACAAGAUCCUCACUGCUAGCUGGCUGGAGAAAUUCAAGCAGAAAAACCAUUUGUCCGGGUCUAAGUCUCGAAAGAAUUCCACGGAUACCGUCGCGAGCGAUGGAGGAGAGAGCAUAUCUCGUCUCCAAUCCCCUACAGAGACGCAGAGUAAAUCUACGGGGGUAUCGCCUAUUUCGCCCAUUGGGUUGAUGCCAUCCCCUCUUUCGCCUACUCAUGGUCAAGAUAAACUGAAGAAAGAGCCCAGUGAUAGCUUCUUUGAUUUCUCGAUGGACCAAAGCAAGCAUAGCCACUCUCUGAGCACUACCUCCCUCGACACAGUUCCAUCCUUGUCUGCCGGAUUAGCAAGCCCGACGUCGCCUUUGCUCUCUGGAAGCCCACUUACACCGACACUGCGAUCAUCUCGCCUUCCUUCAAUCAGCUCUGCUGUCAACCGGCCCCGAAGCCAGACUUUCCCCUUGCUUUCUUCUGAUGCCGAAAGCAACGGAAACCCCGAACACGCGGAUUCCAGACGCUUGAAGAAUGGGUCCUUCUCUGUCUCAGUGGUCACUUCUCCGUUGGAUUUGGAGCAGCAGAAACAGCAAGGAGAUGACAACAUUUCCCCACGCGAUGGCCAAAGCACUACAAUCAAACGCAACCCAAGCACCCCAGAUUUGAAAUCGCCCAUUUCAAUGCAACCGCCCCCACUACCAGUGCCAAAGUCCACAGUGAGCAGCCCUGUAAGUGCUUCUCCACCUACAGGGUCAUCACAGCCUACACAAAAUGAAGCACGACGAGCCCUAGAGAUAGUCAUAAGCUAUAUUCAAAGCCAACCAGCCGGAUUAGGCCUGCAAGCAUCAGACUAUGCGACCAUGGCCAAAUUGAUGGAAAAGCUUGAUUUGGUGCACGGCCAUUUAGGCAAUUCGAUAAUCUUGGGCAAGUUGCAUAGCAUCGAUGAAGAUGCCGAUGCCGAUGCCGAUGUGGAUGUGGAUGUGGAUGUGGAUGUGGAUGUCGACGUGGACGUGAAUAUGGACGGGCCUCAUAUCGACAAGAAAACGAACGUACUUUCGAUGGCAUGA